AUGAUUGUGCAUUCGCCGUAUGUGUCCAACCCUGCGCGAAAGCCCGUACGUCCACCCCCACCCAAAUUUCGCGAGAAGAAGCCUUGGGAGACCCCUACACACAGAUUCAUCACAACCAUGGUGGUGCAUUCGCCCUGGACUCCUCUACCUAAGAAACCCACAACGCAAGAUAAGGCCAUGAAAACACUUCACACCGCCUCAAAGUUAUCCAAAGCAGGCAUCUCGGUAGCCUCCGCAUCGGUGGCCAGGCAGAGCAGCAUACUUGCAAACAAGGGUGUCACGAAGUCAAAGGACGUGUAUGCUAAGACGAAGGAGAAGUAUGCCGCACGAUCGGCUAGUCCGACCCCGGUCUAUACUGGUGCCAUGCUGUCGGGUGGACAGACGGAUGUGGUUAUGGCCGAUGAGCACGGGGUUUGGCCUCAUAUGUAA